GGACAGACAGACAGACAGACAGAUAGAUAGAUAGAUGGUAGAUAGAUAGAUUCAGACAGAGAGAUAUAUAGGUUCAGACGGAGAGAUAGAUUCAGACCGAUAGAUAGAUUCAGAUGGAUAGAGAGAUAGAUCGACAAUGGAAAAAUAGAUUGUAAAACCUCUUCUAAAAUGUUUCGUCUAUAUAGAAUUCCAAUAAAAUUCCAUUCCAGCGACUUUGAUGAUAGAAAUUUGAUCCACCACCCUUCACGAGCUGACUAAGGCUUGGAAUUCAUUUGAUGACCUGGGGCGGCUAUCAGUCAGGCUGGUUUGAGCUGGACCACUAUGUGGCCUCUGCGGUGUCAGUCGAUUGGAUUGACUUGAAGAUCCUCACCGUGAGCUGCAGCUUCUUCGUGGCCUUCUACGUGAACCAAUGCGUUCAACGAUAUCAACAGCUUUGCUUGGGUCUCCACCGCCUCCUGGCUGCAGUCCACGACUUUGCCUUCCAAGCCCGGCUCCUCGGGCCACCCAAAGCACUGGCGCCCGAAGCGCAACAACUGGGCAGUCGUUGGCUGGCGGGCUGCGCGGUGCUGUGUUUGGAUGAGUUCCAACAUACUUUGAGGGACGAAGACUGGCGCCGACACAUUGACAGUUCUUUGGUUCGGAAGGGCGAGGUGGAAUUCCUGCGGUCCUUAACGCCUGCGCAACGGCUGCUGACGAUGUGUCAUAUGACGGCAGAUCUGUGUAAAUCGCAGCUGAAAGAAGAAGAUUUGAUGUUGAUGCUCACCCGCAUCAUGCACUUCAAGCAGUGCCAACAAGAACUUCUGGACCUGGUGCAAGGCUCUCAGGUGCCUUUUCAAUUCAGGCAUCUCUUGAACGUGAUGGUGUUCCUCACCUUGCUGUGCUUGGCUUAUGGCAUGGCUCUCAGCGAGUCCUGUUUAGCUCCAGUGCUCUUCAUCAUCAUGGAGUUGGUUCUUUUGGGCAUGCUAGAUGUUUGCAGGGAACUUUGGAAUCCCUUUCGCUCUGAGCACUUGGACUUCAGAAUGCUCCAGUGGAAGGAAACCUUUCGUCGUUCUCUCCGACUCGUGACGGUGGAGCAUCACGGCUCCGACUCGGGACAAUGGCAGGCCGAACUGGAGGAGGAACGCCGCGCGAUGCCAGACCUCAUGCUUUACGAGGUUCACCGCGAGUUGCGGGAAGACGCUCCUCCGCUGGAGAUCACCGUCGCCAAGGCAGAGGAGCACGAGCUCUUGCGAUCCUUGGUGUCGGAGUCCGAGGAGGGCGAGCGGGGCCGCCUCAUUUUUCGAUCCUUAGCCUUCCGUGGUGGUGAGCGAAACGUGGUGCUCAGCGUGAAGUUCGAUGGGGAGGACGAGUGGAGAGACUUGCCGCCCACGAAUGGCAAUGGACGUGUGGAGGUUGAUGUGACGGUGCCAGAGCACCUGGUGGAGAAAGCUGCCGAAGAUGGCCUCCUGAAUUUGACGGUCCGGUUGCCGGGUGAGGACAUCACCGCGCGCGCGUCGGCUCUGUUGGUGCAGCCGGAGGGCGUCUUAGUGAUCUCGGACAUUGAUGAUACCGUGAAGGUCACCGAGGUCUUUCUCGGCAAGGACAUGGUGGUGCGAAACACCUUCCUGGAGGAGUUUCGCCCGGUCUCUGGCAUGGUGAACCUCUACCGAUCCUGGUGGGAGGACUAUGGUGCCACCUUCGCCUUUGUCUCCAACAGCCCACCCGAGCUUCAGGAGCCGCUGCGAGAGUUCUUGAUCAAUGCAGGUUUCCCUCUGGCGCCGGUCUUCUUGCGGCCUUUGGGCGGUUCCAAGGAGGACAGGAUCGCCUUCAAAGAGCAGACCAUCUCCGAGCUGCUGCGCCAGUUCCCCCGAAAGAAGGCGGUGCUGGUGGGCGACAGUGGCGAGCGGGAUCCCAUUGUUUGCGCAGAACUGCUGCGCAGGCAUCCGGUGCAAGUGAGCAAGGUCCUGAUUCGACAGGUCAGCCCCACCGCUUCAGUGGAUGAGGCCAUCUUCGCCGGCAUUCCUCCCGACCGUUGGCAGGUCUUUCGUGACCCCAGGGAGGCACAGCUGCCGGAUGAACUCAGGGACUUGGCAUCCGUGUCCGGGAUCUUGGGCUUCGCCCGAAGCCUCGGCUCCAAGGCCUUGCAGGAAGCGGCGAGUGUGCUGCCGGAGCCGGCCGAUGCUGUGGAGGAUUCGCGAAACGUCGCCGCAUGA